AUGAAGACGAUACUGUUGCUAGCCGUACUCUCGGUUGGCGCAGUACAGGCCAGAUUUAUUAUCAAGAUUGAACAAAUUGUUGGUGAAGACUAUGACGACGAUGAACAACCACCAAUACGAUGUACAAAUGAGAGGAUUGAAAGCUUGAAGAAAAUAAAUAACUCUCUCAUUAAUGACCUGAAAAUACUGGAGGAAGAACUCAACGAUUUGCACGAGCAGCUGACCGCGGGAAGGAUGGCCCUGUCUUCCCUUGAUCAGCUGCUGAAGAGCCUGGGGGUCCUCAGAGCCAAUGCAUCAGCAGGAGAGGUCAACUUGGUGGUGGGUACUUCCAGCGCGAAUAUUGUGCCUGAUUGCGAUAACACAUCCAGCAGCGUCGUCAGCAAUAUGUCGUCAGUCAUCAUCGAUAUUCUCGAAGAGAUAUCACGCGUUGACACAGGUCAUGUGGAUGAAUUGGCGGAGAGGGCCAAAUGCUGGGCGAGUCAGCUGACGUCAUCUAUCGUGCAGGUUACAUCUGGCAUUUCGGCUGUUCCCCCCAGUGCAGCAACUCCCCUCUUUCAACUGGAGAGCUUCAUAGCAAACCUAACUGCCUUUGUGAACCGUUUUUUAGAUGACGCAAAAUCAACAUCUCAAUACUUCUAUAUCCUUAAACAUUCUGCUCCUUCCUCACCAACAAGUGCACCCACAUCCAUUUCCCCAACAAAGACUACUCCCUCAGUAACACCAAAUUCCCCAACAACGGCUGCUCCCACAGUGACACCUGGUUCUUUAACAUUGGAAACGCUUACAACAGAGACGAUAGAUAUUCGUAAAACAAAUCUUCCGGAAGAAAUACCACUUUUAGCGACAGGGAUAUCAUCAGCAACAAGAGAUGCUUCUGAAACACCCCCAGUAGCAACACAGUCAGCAACAGAACAGCUAAAAUUACUUGCUAAAGUGCUGCAAGAAAAAGAGGAAAUUCUGAUUCAAAAAGGGAAAGACUUGUCUCGUGUACUGGCUCUCCUUGGCAUUCUUAAAAGGCAUUUCGAAAAUGGAAGUCGACAUCGAAGAUCACACAGAUCAGCAACACUAAUAACAAUCGACGGCUGUACUGAAAGCAAACCAAAAGCAAUUGGCAGCUUUGCUACACUGGCAUCAGUAAUCAUUACACAAAUGGUAGAUGCAAUUAUCUCCAGAAACCCUCUGGCAUCAUGUCGAAUCAGUCAGUUACAAACCCUCACUACCAGUGCUGUACAAGGCGACGUCUCCAUGCCAGAAGAUAUCAGCCCCCUGAUUACAACCGUCGAAAGAGCAGUGAAACGACUGGAGGAACUCAUGGAGGAAAUCAGGAAGAAAAAAGUGGAAAUACAAAAACUGAUAGACAAAAUAAAACAGAAGAUAGAACAAGAACAACAAAAAAUAGUUUAUGGCGUCGGUCGAUCAACUACGGUCAGUGGUGUAGCUCUGUCCCUGGCAAGCAAAUCUGACUUGCAAGAGUUUUGCAACGUCUGCUUCAGCAACGUCUCUUCCUGCAACGUCUGCUUCAACAAUGUAUAUUGCAACAACGUCUGCUUCUGCAACGUCUAUUCCAACAACGUCUGCUUCUGCAACGUCUAUUCCAGCAACGUCUGCUUCAGCAACGCUCCCACAACAACUCUUGUUCCCACAACAACAUCUGCUCCUACAACACCUGCUCCCACAACAACAUCUGCUCCUACAACACCUGCUCCCACAACAACAUCUGCUCUUACAACACCUGCUCCCACAACAACAUCUGCUCCUACAACAUCUGCUCCCACAACAACAUCUGCUCCUACAACAACAUCUGCUCCUACAACACCUGCUCCCACAACAACAUCUGCUCCUUCUGCUCCUACAACACCUGUUCCCACAACAACAUCUCCCCCUACAACACCCGCUCACAUAACAACAUCUGCUCCUACAACACCUGUGCCCACAACAACAUCUGCUUCCACAACAACAUCUGCUCCCACAACAACAUCUGCUCCUACAACAUCUGCUCCCACAACAACAUCUGUUCCCACAACAACAUCUGCUCCUACAACACCUGUUCCCACAACAACAUCUGCUUCCACAACAACAUCUGCUCCCACAACAACAUCUGCUCCUACAACAUCUGCUCCCACAACAACAUCUGCUCCCACAACAACAUCUGCUCCCACAACAACAUCUGCUCCCACAACAACAUCUGCUCCUACAACACCUGUUCCCACAACAACAUCUGCUCCUUCUGCUCCCACAACAACACCUGCUCCCACAACAACUCCUGUUCCCACAACAACAUCUGCUUCCACAACAACAUCUGCUCCCACAACAACUCCUGUUCCCACAACAACAUCUGCUCCCACAACAACUCCUGUUCCCACAACAACAUCUGCUUCCACAACAACAUCUGCUCCCACAACAACAUCUGCUCCUACAACACCUGCUCCCACAACAACAUCUGCUCCCACAACAACACCUGCUCCCACAACAACAUCUGCUCCUACAACACCUGCUCCCACAACAACAUCUGCUCCCACAACAACACCUGCUCCCACAACAACAUCUGCUCCUACAACACCUGCUCCCACAACAACAUCUGCUCCUACAACACCUGCUCCCACAACAACAUCUGCUCCUACAACAUCAGCUCCCACAACAACUCCUACAUCUGCUUCCACAACAACAUCUGCUCCCACAACAACAUCUGCUCCUACAACAUCUACUCCCACAACAACACCUGCUCCCACAACAACAUCUGCUCCUACAACACCUGUUCCCACAACAAUAUCUGCUCCCACAACAACAUCUGCUCCUACAACACCUGCUCCCACAACAACAUCUGCUCCCACAACACCUGCUCCCACAACAACAUCUGCUCCUACAACACCUGCUCCCACAACAACAUCUGCUCCCACAACAACAUCUGCUCCCACAACAACAUCUGCUCCCACAACAACAUCUGCUCCUUCAACACUUGCUCCCACAACAACUUCUGCUCCCACAACAACAUCUGCUCCCACAACAACAUCUGCUCCUACAACACCUGCUCCCACAACAACAUCUGCUCCCACAACAACAUCUGCUCCCACAACAACAUCUGCUCCUACAACACCUGUUCCCACAACAACAUCUGCUCCUACAACUCCUGCUCCCACAACAACAUCUGCUUCCACAACAACAUCUGCUCCAACAACAACAUCUGCUCCUACAACACAUGCUCCCACAACAACAUCUGCUCCCACAACAACAUCUGCUUCCACAACAACAUCUGCUCCCACAACAACACCUGCUCCCACAACAACAUCUGCUCCCACAACAACAUCUGCUCCCACAACAACAUCUGCUCCUACAACACCUGCUCCCACAACAUCUGCUCCCACAACAACAUCUACUCCCACAACAACACCUGCUCCUACAACACCUGCUCCUACAAAAACUCUUGUUCCCACAACAAUAUCUGCUCCUACAACACCUGCUCCCACAACAACAUCUGCUCCUACAACACCUGCGCCCACAACAUCUGCUCCUACAACACCUGCUCCUACAAAAACUCUUGUUCCCACAACAACAUCUGCUCCUACAACACCUGCUCCCACAACAACAUCUGCUCCUACAACACCUGCUCCCACAACAACAUCUGCUCCUACAACACCUGCUCCCACAACAACAUCUGCUCCUACAACACCUGCGCCCACAACAACAUCUGCUCCUACAACACCUGCUCCCACAACAACAUCUGCUCCUACAACACCUGCUCCCACAACAACAUCUGCUCCUACAACACCUGCUCCUACAAUAACUCUUUCAACAUCUGCUUCCACAUAUUUUCCUACAACAACGCCUGUUCUCUCAACAGACUACAUUCUUAUGCCAUCUGCUUCAGCAUCAUCUGUUCCCAUAGCAGGAUCUCUUCCUACAAAAAUGUCCGUUUCAACGACGAAGUCUAUUCCCAGAACAACGUUUGCUUCACCAAAGUCAAUUCCUACAGCUGAGUCUGCUUCAGCAACAACGUCAAUUCCCACAACAGUGUCUCCCUCAACAACAAAAUUUUUUCCUUCCCCCAAAAGAACAUCAGUUCACACAACCGCAUCACCUUCAGCAACAAGGCUUGUUCCCACAACAUUUGCAUCGGCAUCUGUGCCAUUAGCGUUUUCUGUUCACACAACAUCUGUCCCUUCAAAAACGUCUGCUUCCACAAUAAUAACAUAUGUGCCAUCAACGUCUUCUCAAGUAUCUUCAGUUCCCACGUCUACUCACACACAUUUUCCCUCAACAACUUCUGUGUCCACAACAGAAUCUAUUUCCUCAGGAUCAUCUGUUUCCAUAGCAACACCCACAAAAUCUGUUCCAAUAACAACACCUGUUCCUACAACAACAACAUUUAUUUCAACUAAAUCUGCCUCAGAAACAACGACAGCCUCAUCAAUAAUGAACACUCCACUGUCUUCUCCAGUCAGAUCUUCCACUACCGAAAUUUCUUCAACAUCAGCGCUUCACCUCAAAACAUCACCUGUCUUCACUACUCCUGAAUUCUCUACAGAGGCUAAUUCAAAUACGAAGCCUGAUAUUGCUAACACUGACUAUUUUUCAACAGCUGGCGAGUCUCUCGGUGAUCUUCCUACCAAAGUCACGGCAUCUGCUUCUACAUCACCGGGUACGGCUAUUUCUACACUAACACCUAUUACCACAACAAAAUCUGCUAUAACUUUCACGCCUCUUCCCACAACAUUUAAUGCCGUAACAACGUCUGCUCCAACGACAGUACCUGCCUCCACAACUAUUCCUGCUGCAAAAACACCUGCUCCUACAUCUCCCACAGCAGUGCCUGUUCCCACAGCAAGUGCUUCCACGACGUCUGCGACAAUAACAGGAAUUCCUCCUUCAACAGUUCCUGCUUCUGCAACGGCUUCCUCCAUAACAACACCUGCUCCCACAUCAAUUGAUGUUUCAAGAACAAAGCAUGCCUACACAACAACACCUGUUCCCACGGCAUUAACUAUUCUCACAACAGGAAACACUCCCAAAACACCUGAUCCCAUAACACCAGAUGCUAUAACACCUCUUCCCCAAAAGACAUCUGCUCCAAUGACAUCUACUUCCAUAACAACACUUGAUAUCACAACAGCUGCUUCCACGACAGUUGCAACUAGUACAACUGCUCCUAUAACAACACUUACUCCCACAGCACUUGCCCUCACAACAACACCUGCUCCCACAACAUCCAUUCCCACAGCAACUUCUGCUCCCACAACAGCUUCUGCUCUAACACCUACUCCCACAACAACGUCUGUACCCACAACAACGCCUGCUCCCACAGCAUUUGCUCCCACAACAACACCAACAUCUUCCACACAAGCACCUGCUAUCACAACAAUUGCUCCCAUAACAUAUGCUCCUACAACACCUGCUCCCACAACAAUUGCUCCCACAACAUCUGUUCCCACAAUUGCUCCCACAACAAUUGCUCCUACAACAUCUGUUCCCACAACAACUUCUGCUCCCACAGCAGCACCUCCUCCAACAUCUGCUCUCACAACAACUUCGUCUCCAAUAACAUCUGCUCCCACAACAUCUGUUGUCACAGCAUCUGUCAUUACACCAACUGUUCCCACACCAACUUCUGCUCCCAGAACUCUUGUUCCCACAACACCUGCUCCCACAGCCCCUGUUCCAACAACAACACCUGCAGCCACAACAACUCCUGUUCCCACAACACCUGCUCCCAUAUCUACUCCCACAACACUUGCUCCUACAACAACACAUGUUCCCACAAUUCCUCUUCCCACAACAGCUUCUGCUCCUACAACAACACCCUCUCCCACAACUCCUGUAUCCACAACACUUGCUCCCACAACAACACCUCCCGCAACUCCUGUUCCUACAGCAUCUGCUCCCACAACUCCUGUCCCCACAACAACAUCUGCUCCUACAACACCUGCUCCCACAACCCCCGUUCCAACAACAUUUGCUCCUACAACAACUCCCGUUCCAACAACAUUUGCUCCCACAACAACACCUCCCGCAACUCCUGUUCCUACAGCAUCUGCUCCCACAACUCCUGUCCCCACAACAACAUCUGCUCCUACAACAUCUACUCCCACAACUCCCGUUCCAACAACAUUUGCUCCCACAACAAUUCCCGUUCCAACAACAGAAUCUGCUCCCACAACACUUGCUCCCACAACAACUGUUCCCACAACAACACCUGUUCCCACAACAACACCUGUUCCCACAACA